GUGGGGAGGGCGAAGUGAAACAUUAAAAGGCAGCGUGAGACUCUAACCCGCACGGAACAGCCGGGCGACAGGUGUCAUCGAGAAGACUGGGCAGGCAGGUCUCGCUAGCCCACAUCAGCCUCGCGGCAGCAGGUUUUACAAAGAAGGAGUGAACUAUUCUACUUAUAGAUUUUUUCUAUUUUUUCCUGUAAGUCAAAACAACUCAACAUGGAGGCCUAAAACCCUUAAAGGGACUUAGUCUAAUCUCUGGGAGGUAGUUUUGUGCAUGAAUAAACAAAUUAAGUAGUUAACUAGAGUUUGUGGCAUCCAAAGAAAGUUAUAAUUUUAAAAAAUAUGAUCUAGUUAUAUGAGGUAUAACUAUAAAGUAAUACUGAGUUUGAUUUUGAAUUUGACUGUGGAGAAGUGAUUUUACUUAGGACACAUUUUAAAGUACUCUUCAAAACUGGCUGGGUAAUCUCCCACUGUUCUGCUGUGUGGAAUAGAAAAAAGUGCCCGAGUUUGUUAAAGAUUUAAAAAUGAAUGACAGUUAUCUAGAACAAAGAGUUAAUACUCUACCCUCUACUAAAUUAGAGAAAUAUGCAAACGAGGCCUUUGACAUGUUAAAAGAUUUCUACAAUGACAAAGAGAUGUCAAGAACAAAACUUUUUGAUACAUACAAUAAAUUUAGAGAAAGUAGGAAAGAUGAACUUGAUGACUGGUGAAGAAAUGAUCUAACCAUUGAUAAAACUAUUGGUAUUUUAGUUUGUUCAAAUAGGCUAUUAUCUCUGAGAAUGAUAAGAAUGAUGGCUAGAUGGUUACAUUUUAGUAAAGGAACAAACUUAUUCAGAAAUAAAAUUUACACAGAGACAAUAAUACGCACCAAGAAGGUUUUUAUAAGGAUGUGUAAAAAUUUUGACCAGUGAAAGGAAACUGAAAUUAGAUACAAUAACUCACCUUUGAGAGGUUUCUUUUGUCACCUAGAAAAUAAAGCAUUAAAGUCUGCAGUAGAAAAUUCUAGCAUUAAAAAAAAAAAAGAAAAAGAAAAUAAAAAUCCCAACAUCUGCAGGACGGAGAAAGUGUGCUUGCAAAUCACUGCUAGAAAAACCAUGGUGAUUUUUUUUAUUGGUCAUUGCUGGUGUUAUAGAUGCAGAACCUAUUCACUAAUAGCUAGUCAUAAUCAAGAUAUUCUAAAUUUUCAGAAGGUCGCUGCUGUUCAAAAGAAGUGGACUGUGACAAAGUAAAUUCCCUGAUAUUUUAUUUAAAAUAGAAUGUCUAAUUUGCUAAGAUCUAAUGGUAUCACGAUUGCAAAGCAACCAGGUUCCUAUUUAUUUAUGGGAAUUAUUAUUUAAUAAAUUUUAAAACCAGGCCUUAGAUAUAUCAGUUAAUCCAGUUUCUACUUAAGCUCUAUCUGGAAAUUUUUUUUUGAUUUCUGUGUUCUCCCUAUUAAAAUAAUUGUAGGAAGAAAAACUACUUAAUUUGAGUAAGAUUUGCAAUAUAUUAUAUUUCAUUGAAUCUAGGAUGUCAUCAAUUGUAAGAUAUACCAUUAUUUUAUGUACCUCUAAGAAAUAAAAAUGCUGCUAAUUAAAAUAUAGCAUUAAUAUAUGCAUCUUAGAAUCAGGGAAAUAUGGUAAUGCAUUCUUUUUCUCUUAUGCUUCCUCCCCACCCCCAGCUACCAAAUUUCACAAUUUAAAUAAAGCUAAAUAAACAUAGCUUGAAUAUUUUUUUCUGUAGAGUACUUAUUGAGCAUAACUUUCCACCAUCAGAGCAAGCUAGCUGUGUGAGUCAGACAUUUUAUCUUUCUGCUGGCUGAAUGUCACUGAAGCAUUCUAGUGGAGAAGUUGACCUACCUGUGGAAAUGCCUGACACUAAAUGGCAUCUUGCUGACCUAAAACAGUCUACACUUUUAUGAAGGGUUUUAAUUUUCAUCACAAGGUACUGUGUAACAUCAUGUUUUACCCUGUAUGAUUAUACAAAGGUGCUGUUAUGCAUAAUUGUCCCUUAAGACGUAUUAGUAUAAGAUUUUAAUCUCACUGUGCUAAAAUCCUGAAGGCACAGGAGAAAGAACAAAAGAUUUCUGUUCUAGGUGUUCAACCUAGUACUAAAACUAACAAAAAUCAAAAGCCAUGCACAAAACUACCUCCCUAGAGAAAGACUAGUCCCUUUUCCUCCCCAUCCAUUUCUUUAUGAACAUAGUAGAAAACAGCGAAUUCUUAUCCAAUUUGAUGAAAAGUGCCAACAUGUUUGAAAUGAAAUAUGACCUUUCUUGUGAACUAUAUCGGAUAUCUACAUAUUCAACUUUCCCCGCCGGUGUUCCUGUGUCAGAAAGGAGCCUUGCUCGUGCUGGUUUUUAUUAUACUGGUGUGAAUGACAAGGUCAAGUGCUUCUGUUGUGGCCUGAUGCUGGAUAACUGGAAACAAGGAGACAAUCCCAUUGAAAAGCAUAAAAUGUUGUAUCCUAGCUGUAGCUUUGUUCAGAAACUAUAUUCAGGUAACAUUUCAGGAGCCAAUUCUCAGCUUAAUAUGCCUUCUCCAGUAACAAAUUCCACACAUUCAUUACUUCCAAGUUCGGAAAACAGUGAUUAUUUCAGUGGCUCUUAUUCAAGCUUUCCCUCAAGUCCUGUAAACUCUGAACCAAAUCAAGAUAUUUCUGCCUUGAGGAGAAGUCCCAACCAUUGUAUAAUGAACACCGAAAACAACAGAUUACUUACUUUCCAGAUGUGGCCACUGACCUUUCUGUCGCCAAGAGAUCUGGCAAAAGCAGGUUUUUACUACAUAGGACCUGGAGACAGAGUGGCUUGCUUUGCCUGUGGUGGAAAACUGAGCAACUGGGAACCAAAGGACGAUGCUAUGUCAGAACACCUGAAACACUUCCCCAAAUGCCCGUUUUUAGAAAGUCGACCUCAAGACACUUCAAGAUACAGUGUUUCUAAUCUAAGCAUGCAGACUCAGGCAGCCCGUUUUAGAACAUUCUGUAACUGGCCUUCUAGUGUUCCUGUUCAUCCUAAUCAACUUGCAAGUGCAGGUUUUUAUUAUAUGGGUCACAAUGAUGAUGUCAAAUGCUUUUGCUGUGAUGGCGGACUAAGGUGCUGGGAAUCUGGAGAUGACCCGUGGGUGGAACAUGCCAAAUGGUUUCCAAGGUGUGAGUACUUGAUACGAGUUAAAGGACAAGAGUUCGUCAGUCGAAUUCAAGCCAGUUACCCUCAUCUACUUGAACAACUGUUAUCUACUUCAGACAAUCCAGAAGAUGAAAAUGCAGAGUCACCAAUUAUUCAUUAUGGAACAGGAGAAAACCACUCAGAAGAUGCAGUCAUGAUGAAUAUACCUGUGGUUAAAGCUGCUUUGGACAUGGGCUUUUGUAGAAGACUGGUAAAACAGACAGUUCAGAGUAAAAUUCUAACAACUGGCGAGAAUUAUAAAGUCGUCAGUGAUCUUGUAUUAGAUUUACUUAAUGCUGAAGAUGAAAUAAGGGAAGAGGAGAAAGAAAGAGCAACUGAGGAAGAAGAAUCAGAUGAUCUAUUAUAUAUCCGGAAGAAUAGAAUGGCACUUUCUCAACAUCUGACUUGUAUGCUUCCAAUCCUGGAUAGUCUUCUAAUUGCCAGAGUGAUUAAUGAACAAGAACAUGAUGUUAUUAAACAGAAAACGCAGACAUCUUUGCAAGCAAGAGAGCUGAUUGAUACUAUUAUAGUGAAAGGAAAUUUUGCAGCCACCAUAUUCAGAAACUCUUUACAAGAAACUGACCCCAUGUUAUACAAGCGUUUAUUUGUGCAACAGGACAUAAAGUACAUUCCCACAGAAAAUGUCUCAGAUUUACCAAUGGAAGAACAAUUGAGGAGACUACAAGAAGAAAGAACAUGUAAAGUGUGUAUGGACAAAGAAGUGUCCAUAGUGUUUAUUCCUUGUGGUCAUCUAGUAGUAUGCAAAGACUGUGCCCCUUCUCUAAGAAAAUGUCCUAUUUGUAGAGGUACAAUCAAGGGUACAGUUCGUACAUUUCUUUCAUGAAGAUGAUCCAAAACUUUAGAAUUAUGGAUUAGAUGUACUAUAGUUUUAACUUUUAUACUGAUUUGGUUUCCUUAAUUUUAAAAUUUAUUUACAACUCAAGAAAAUUUUGUUUUAUACAAAUAUAUAUUUAUAUAAAUAUAUAGCUAACACAUAUAAACAUAUUUCAGAUACAAGAGAUAGGCUUUAUUUUGUUCUUAAGGACAAAAAUAGGGAUAGCACUACAAGUACAAUACUAAAUCAAAAUUUCAGCACUACUAAAAUUGUAACUGAAGUAAAAUUUAGUAUUUUUAAAUUAACCCUUCAGAAUUUUAAGUAUUUUGGAAUUAUAUCAAGAACCAUGGACACAGAUCCUCUGCCUCAUCUGAUCAGUAUCCUGUACACAGAAGGUUUUGAUAUUUGUUAAAUGACUUUUUAUGGAAGUGAUGUUUUGGUAAAGAAUUCUGUGAGGAACCUUUUAAUAAAGCAAUCAGAAUUACUAUUGUUCUUAAUAUUUUUCAUUUCUGUGAUAUCAGAUAAUUUAGUCACUCCUAGGCUCCUUCUUUAACCAACUU